CAGUUUUAGUUUGUUCUCAUCUUUUUUCCUCUUAUUUUUUUUUAAACUACAUAAGAAUAUAUUAUACAUCAGAAUAUUUAUGUAUAAUUUUUCCGAACUUGUUGUCCUAUAUGUUUAGUAAACUCGGCUCUCUAGUUUUUCGGCUUGUUUGAAUAUCUUUUAUACUGCCUAUCCCAUGAUAGCUGGUGACGUCACUAGUGAGCUGUGAACUCUUUUCCCUACAUCCGGCUGCACUGGAUCACGGAAUGAAAGCCACUUAAUUACAGCAGUAUUACUGUUACUAAUGACAACAGGUAAAUAAAGUGUAUCAAGCGGGGGCGAAAAAACGGAAAUUAUUCAGAUGUGCGUUUAGCUUUUUAGCUAACUGGGCAGCAACUUCAACAAGGGAGAGAACCAUUUGGCAAAAUGGUGUCUGAAGGCAGUUCGUUUUUCAAGGGCAUGGUCCUGGGAGGAAUUUUCUGUUUGGUAUUGUCACUAUUUGGAACCUUUAGUCCAACGAUUCCCCAUCCUGCAGAAAUGCACCACGACCACCACCAUCAUCUCAAACCUCACAGCAAAGAGGAUAUGCAAAAGUUAAGCAAGACUCAGAUGUCUCAUCUCACCCAGAUGGUGCGAGUGUAUUGUAUGAUUAUGGUGACACCCAAGAGCUUGAUGCACUGGGCUGCUACCAACAACACUUGGAGCAAACACUGUGAUAAGUCCGUUUUCUACAGCUCUGAAUCAUCCAAAGUAAUGGAGGCUGUUGAUCAGCAGGAAAAGGACGAGUGGAUUAGGCUGCGUAAAGCAAUCGUGCAUGCAUACAAGCAUGCAGAUGGCCUCCGCUGGUUCUACAUUGCCCGACCCACGACCUUCACCAUCAUUGAGAACCUUAAAUAUCUGGUUCUGGUUAAAGAUCCCAGUCAGCCCUUUUACAUUGGCCAUGUGGAAAAGUCUGGUGAGCUGGAGUAUGUGGAGUACAGCAGUGGCAUUGUGCUUAGUUAUGAGGCUGUGAAAAGACUCAUUAGCAUAUUUGAUGAUGAGGACAGGUGCCCUGAGCAAGGCUAUAGCUUGUGGAAGCUGAGUGAAGAGAAGCAGCUUGCUACAUGCCUGAAGUUCAGUGGAGUGUUCGCUGAAAAUGGAGAAGAUGACCAUGGAAAGGAGCUCUUUAACAAAAAGGGUGUGAACGAGCUCAUUUCUGAAAGCAUAACCCAGAACCCUGACGAUGUCGUGGAGGCAUGUUGCUCUGACAUGGCCAUCACAUACAGCGGCAUGUCCCCCAGCCAGAUGCAGGUCAUGAUGUACGGAGUUUACAGGCUGAGGGCAUAUGGACACAACUUUCAUGACUCUUUAAUGUUUUUACCUCCAAAGAACUCGGACAAUGACUAAUCACUAACACUGACGCUACUGCUCUGCCAAAAAUGUUGUAUAAUGGACAGUGCUAAAGCGCACAUAGCGAGAGGAUCAAUGGAUCAAUCCACAUAAACUGUUAGUUAAAAGAAAUGUGGUAAAGCAAUUUUUGUCAAGUAAAGUUAAAUAAUGCUCUUAGUUAGCAUUAUUCAACUUUAUUAUGGCUCCAAGAGAGUCACGUGCCUGUCUCAACUUAGCUUGGUGAAAUGUUUCUUCUUUUCCUCUUUGACAAAUUGUGGGGGAUUUUUUUUUAAUCCAGUGAUUAUGCUCUGUACACACUGCAACUCUGACCAGGAUGAAGCAAUUACUGAAGAUGAAUGAAUAUUUUAAAAAGUAUUUUUAUAGCUAGGGGUAGGAAAUGAAUCUGCCAACAAGAUCAGAAACCCAAAGACACAUUACAGCAUAUAUUGGGCUAUACUUGGGCACCUAGAAAUAAUCUUUAUAAUUGCGUUAUUUCUAAAUUGUUUACAUUAGUCUUAUACAGUAAAUAAUGGUGAAUGGAUGAGUAUUAAUGCGUAUUAAUGAAAUAAUGUUGUCUUAUUGAAGCACUAUGUACGGCAGUGAUUAACUUGAUUUCAUUGUUCCUGCACUUGGUUACAUCCAUAGGACCAUCAGAAAUUGUUUUACGUUUUAAAAGAUCAAAUGCUGUUUUAGCAGUGCUGAAUUAGCACUGUAAUGAGGAUGAUACUUUGUUAUUCUGUUUAAAGCUAUGUUUCUGUUUUCAUGAAAAUAUAUUUUGGCAGAGGUUUAUUCUAUAUAUGUGGGUAAAAAGAGAUUUCAUGGGGCAUUGGUUUCUUUUCAUUGGAUUCUACUGGAUUUGUUUGAUCAUUGGUUUCUGAUUAUCAGUGAAACGUGUUAACGUUGUGUUGUUGGGGUAUUGGAAUAUUAUUAAAAUAAAGCUCAAAUUCUCAUUCUUAUUUUACAAAAA